AUGUUUUUAGCUUUUCUUACAUUAACUAGGUCAGAUCCUUUCGGAAUUGAUCCGAAAUUAUCCGAGGAUUACAGACUUGCAGUUAACCAAGCUAAUAAUAGCUUCACAUGCCUUGAUCAAUCACUUACAAUUCCAUUAUCAGCAUUAAAUGAUGGUAAGUGCGAUUGCCCUGAUAAUUCUGAUGAACCAGGAACAUCUGCAUGCUUGAACGGUCACUUUUACUGCCAUAAUGAAGGAGGAAAACCAAAAUUAAUUCCUUCUCACAAAGUUGGUGAUGGUAUAUGUGAUUGCUGCGAUGGUUCUGAUGAAUUUGAUAAUCCACAAGCUCAAUGCCCUAAUGUUUGCUCAGCAAUGGUUAAAAAAGCUGGUGAAUCUCGUGAAUCAAUUUACACAAAGAUCCGUGCCGGCCUUCGUCGCAAGAAAGAAAGUUUAAAGGAGACAGAAAUUACAUACCCACAAGCGCAGCGUGAACUUCUUGAGCUUCGUGAUGAAAUGAAGAAAUUCCAACACGAACUCGAUGUUCUUGAUAGAAAGCGCCGCGAGAAAAAGCAAAUUUGGAAGUGGGAGAAGCGCGCUGCACAAGGCAUUACACCCGAAAUGUACGCAGAAAAAGAAAGAAGAAAACACGAUUACAUUUACAAGCCAUCGAAGAAGGUUGUUGUUGAAGAAGAGGUCCCAGACCCAGAUGGUCUUCGUAACCCAUUCAACGAAGCUCUCGACAACAUUGAUUGGGAAGUUGACGAAGGAAUUGAAGAAUUAAUUUUCCAUGCAACACCAAGACCGAAACCAAUCAAGAGAAACGAUGUCCGAAACGAUGAUCAUCAUGGCAUGGAUCGUGAAGACGAACGAAUCAGACACAGAACCGAAAAAUGGAAACAAAUGAGAAAAGCAGAAAAAGAAAGACUUCAAAAGUCAACGAAAGAACAAAUUUCAUUCUUAGACAAGGCUAAAGAAAGAGUCAAAGAGAUUGGCUCCAAAGUUUUCGGUGGUGAACAACCUAAAUCAUACCAAGAAUACAUGGCAGUCGAACACGAGAUCGAAGCACUUCGAAACCACGAAAGUGAUACUCGUAUUCAGAUCAUGCACUUAGAAGACAAGUUCAAACACUCAAUGGGCAAAGACAAUGUUUGGUGGCCACUUUCACAGGCGACAUUCGAACUUUCUAAAGAUGGAAAUGACUACAAGAUCCAAAUGUUCGGUGCAAUGAUGCACAGAAACACAGGCGCUGCAUGGUACGGAACAGCGAUUGGUGAGUUCAAGCGAUUCAAUGCAACAGAGAGAACAAUGUUGUAUGAAGGUGGAAAUAUGUGUUGGGAAGGAAAUCCAAGAAGAGCUGAAGUUUAUUUGUACUGUGGUCCAACGAAUAAGUUCUUAGACAUGGAAGAAAUUGAUAGAUGUGUUUACAGAGGACACUUCGAAACACCUCUUUGCUGCAUUGAAGAUUACAUUGACUACAUCAAGAAUAUGACUGAUUUAGACUUAGCUGAUUUCGUCUCACAAUGGGGCAACGCUGACUAA